AUGUGGCACCUGAAACUAACUUCUUAUACAGUUUUAAGCAUUAUUAUCUCGUUAGCCGACGGAAAAUAUUCCUUUCCUUUGAAUUCUACUCGACCAUCGCGCCAACCUCAUAUUAUUUUCAUUGUUGCUGAUGAUUUGGGCUGGAACGAUGUUGGUUGGCACAAUCCAUCCAUGUUGACUCCAAACCUUGACCGUCUGGCCAGGAAUGGUGUUAGGCUCAAUUCCUCAUAUGUCCAGCCAAUUUGUACGCCUUCACGUAGUGCUUUCAUGAGUGGUUAUUUUCCUAUCCACACAGGCCUGCAACAUGGUGUAAUUCAUGGCUCACAACCAAAUUGUCUUCCACUCAAUCUGACUUUGCUUCCACAAAAAUUAAAAAGGCUUGGCUACAGCACCCACAUGGCUGGAAAGUGGCACCUUGGCUUUUGUAAGUGGAAUUGUACACCAACCUUUCGAGGAUUUGAUUCUUUUGUUGGCUUCUAUAAUGGAGCUGAAGGUUAUUUCAAUCAUUCCCAAGGUCAUAGAAAUAAGUGUGGUUAUGAUUUUCGGUUUAAUACUAGUGUUUAUUACUCAGCAAAAGGAACAUAUUCAGCAAACAUGUUUGCUCAGCGUGCUGUGGACAUCCUUUCAAGACACGACCCCAGUCGUCAACCCCUCUUCCUAUAUCUAGCCUUCCAAAAUGUGCACACACCAUUGCAAGUACCAAAACAUUUUGAGAAACGUUAUUCCCACAUUCAACAUAAAAACCGAAGAACAUAUUGUGCAAUGGUGUCUGCUCUUGAUGAAGCUGUUGGUAAUGUUACAAAAGCUCUUGAAAAAUAUGGUUUUAUGAACAAUACUUUGUUGGUUUUCACAACAGAUAAUGGAGGCCCCACACGAAUUGCAUCAAAUAACCUCCCUUUGCGUGGAGCAAAGGACACACUUUGGGAAGGAGGUACAAAAGGUGCUGGAUUUGUCUAUGGACCUGGUGUUUUGAAAAAAACUGGCUAUACACAUACUGGUAUGAUCCAUGCAGUUGAUUGGUAUCCAACAUUUGUCCAUGUUGCAGGAGGCAUAGUUGAUUUCAACAUGGAUGGUAUCAACCAAUGGGCCAGUAUAUCCCGAGGAGCACCUUCUGCUCGUACAGAAUUUGUUUACAACAUUGAUCCUAUCAGAGGAAAUGCAGCUAUCAGGGUGGGAGAUUUCAAGUUAACUGAAGGUCGCCCAGGAAAGUAUAAUGGCUGGUACCCUGUGCCUACAGUGGAUGACGGUGAACCAAUUAUUGAAUAUGAUGAUGAUGAGCUCCUAGAUGAAGACUGGGAGCUAGAUGAAAAUAUAAACAGGAGACGGCAUCAUCAUCACCACCAUCAUCAUCACUACAAAGACAAGUUGUUCAACAUAAAAAAUGAUCCAACUGAGCAUUUUGAUCUUGCUAAAAAGUAUCCUAAUAUUAAGAAUAGACUGAAGGCCCGUCUUCAAGAAUACAAAACCUCAAUGGUGACACCACGCUAUCCAAGCGGAAAUCCUUAUGCUAAUCCAAAGUAUCAUAAUGGUAUUUGGUCCCCGGGUUGGUGUUAA